AUGGUCUCCGACUUGGACCAUCUUACGGCGAGUGAUACGGAGAUCAUAAAUUGGUGCCGCGGCUACGAACAGAAUCGACUGCAGGCAGAUCGUCUAAUGGGUCCACACACCUCGAACGUCGUUCUUCGGCUCAAUGACCACGCCGUUGUCAAAUUCGGGCCAAACGUGCGCCCGUCCGAGGCGGCCAACCAAAGACUGGCAUACCAGCUCCUCAACGGUAACUCGUUUCUUGUCCCCGCAGUAUAUCACUACUUCCAGGACACCAGCGUUCCAAAAGAGCAUUGGCUUGGACGACCUGGUUACCUCGUUAUGGAGUAUUUGCAAGGAACCCUGCUCUCCGAGAUUGCACCCGAUGAACUUCCACGCCCCUGCGGAACGCUUGCACGAGCUAUCAAAGCAAUGGGGUUGACUACAAGUGCUCGGCCUGGGCCAGCAGAUGGCGCCGAACCACGCGGCAAUAUCUGGGCCCCCGACUAUCGCGCAUGUGUGACAUUCCAUACCGUUGAUGAUGUGGAAACCUGGUUCAACCGGGCCUUGGUCCGCGAUGGCACGAAAGUUCGGACGAUACCCGCGUGGACAACAGCAGCUUACUCAGGACCCGACUGCCACCACCAGGCCGCAACUGCUGCCAUUAUAGCCGAGGGAGUGCAUGAUCACGAUCGAGGCGACAGCAUAGGGCCGCAUUGCCACUGCCUGGGCGGUGCGACUGUUCUUUCCCCCCUGGGUUGGAGUCUCCAGGGCUUGAUUCUUCUUCCUAUCAUCCACCGCCCUCCUUUUUCGUGA